AUUGACUGGCGAGCUAUGCAUGUUAUUUGUGGCUCCAGUCGACAGACUGCACACUCCUGUGCGAGGGUGUCAAUGGGUCAGUCUGAGAGGUUAGUACUGGCAUGUUGGGGGCGCUAAGUGAACUGGGUCACCCCCGCACCCCACCCACCCCCUCUUCCCUUCCCUCGUCAUGACUUCUUUUCAGUGGGGGGCAGUAGAAUAGAACCCCACCCUUCCCCAUCAAUACCACAAAACACAACCAUUCAACUGUUGAGUACCUCAAAUACACACUCCUGAGUGUGUGCCCGUCCGACCGUGCUAUCUUCCAGUAAUGCUCCCUUCUUUUGGUCUGAAGUCUUCUGGUCUGCUUCGUCUAUAAUGUGGUUCUUUGAAAUAACUUUCUCUCCAGGGUGAUCUAAAUGACUAUGGAAGCUGCCGCAGAGGUCCAGCAGGGCAGCGAAACGGCUGUGUCUGAAACAGACACCCAGCACAUUGCCACCCUAGCACAGCACUACCUAGCACAGGUGUCCAUGGCAGCAGCCCAGGCCAGUGCGAGUGGCCCCACAGUGACGCUUGUGCAGUUGCCUAACGGCCAGACGGUUCAGGUGCACGGCGUCAUCCAAGCCGCACAGCCCUCCGUCAUCCAGUCGCCACAGGUGCAGACUGUGCAGAUUUCCACCAUAGCGGAGAGCGAAGACUCCCAAGAGUCUGUGGACAGCGUCACCGAUUCCCAGAAGCGCAGAGAGAUCCUGUCUCGGCGUCCUUCCUACAGGAAGAUUCUGAAUGACCUGUCGUCUGAUGCGCCAGCGGUGCCGCGGAUAGAGGAGGAGAAGUCGGAGGAGGACUCCGCCCCCGCCAUCACCACGGUCACCGUGCCCACGCCCAUCUACCAGACCAGCAGCGGCCAAUACAUUGCCAUCACUCAGGGCGGGGCCAUCCAGCUGGCCAAUAACGGCACAGACGGCGUGCAGGGCCUGCAGACCCUGACCAUGACCAACGCGGCGGGCGCACAGCCGGGUACCACCAUCCUGCAGUACGCCCAGACCAGCGACGGCCAGCAGAUCCUCGUGCCCAGCAACCAGGUCGUCGUGCAGGCGGCGUCGGGUGACGUGCAGGCCUACCAGAUCCGCACGGCCAACAGCAGUGCCAUCGCGCCCGGCGUGGUGAUGGCCUCGUCCCCCGCGCUGCCUAACCCACCCGAGGAGGCCACGCGCAAGAGGGAGGUGCGCCUCAUGAAGAACAGGGAGGCGGCGCGGGAGUGCCGGCGCAAGAAGAAGGAGUACGUGAAGUGCUUGGAGAACCGCGUGGCGGUGCUGGAGAACCAGAACAAGACCCUGAUCGAGGAGCUCAAAGCACUCAAGGACGUCUACUGCCACAAGUCCGAGUAGCUGGUGGCGGCCAACACCACCACCCACCUCCCGCCACCAGGGGGCAGUGGUAGUCUGGAGCGCCGCCAAAACCCGAGAGACAGAGACUCGCACACACACAACUUGGCACGCCAGACCACACACUCCUUCUUCUUCUACUACUACUACUAUCUUUGUUUUCUAAGAAAAAAAUACGACAAAAAAAUCUCGCUUUCUUUUAGUUUAUUUUUAACCUUUUUUUUUUUUUUUUUUUUUUUUUUAAGAACACAGUCAGAAAAAAAUGGUCUCUAUGGAAAUUAAUCGAAAACUGGUUGUGAGUUUUUGAAGAAAGGAAGACAGAGGGAGCGCAGAAGAGAUAGACGGGGAAAGGACACAUUUUUGUUUUUGUUGUUUUUUAAACAGUAAUUCGUAUAAUCUAUACUGGCAAUGAAUAACGCUACUAUUGGUUAAAAGUGCUAAGAAAGGUAGCAUAAUAAUGAUGAUGAAUUUGUCCCGGUUAUUUCCAUUUGCGCUCCCCCUCUCUUUCUCUCUCGAUGUCUCUUUUUCUCUCUGAGAUGUGGGGUGGGUGAGAAUACAGUCAGGGUCCCCCCUCCAAAAGAAAACCAUAGCAACGGAACCACAGGGGACAGUGUGGGUGUGUGUGUGUGAAUGGCUGUGCAAGCAUCGUGUGUGUGUGUGUGUGUGCGUGUGUCUGUGUGAAUGGCUGUUUAUGCAUCUUUUGUGCUUGUGUGCGUGCGUCUGUGUGCGUGAGCGUGUGCGAUUGUUGGACUGUUUGAGAGCGAGCGUGGGGUUGUUUAGAUGGCACACAAGAGUCCACACCCUUGUUGAUGCAGCAGAAAGACGUUUGGCCUCAGAGACUAGCCGUGGUGGCUGAUGGGAAGUGUAGUUUAUGCUUAUGGCUGGCCGAAUGAAUGCGAGGAGGAGGAGGAGGAGGAGGAGCGGGGUCUGGAGAGGAGUGGAGCUGGUCAGCUGGAGGUGGAGAGGAGAGCUCGGAGUUCGCUCGUGUGGAUUGCGGACAUGGCAUGCGGCCAUCUUGGAUCUUGGUCCUCCCAUACGGCUUUCAGGGUCUCGUCAUUCGGAAAAGACUCGCACACAAAUCAACAACAAAACAAACGACAAAAAACAGGCCGACGGACAUUUUGGCUCGGUCCCCAUCGGGUGUCCAUGACGAUCAGCACCAUCUUAUCAAAGGGGGGAGACAGACAGACACAGACGCGUGGCCAUUUUGGGCCCUCACGUGGCCUGGUUUUCCUGAAGAUGAUGGUUGCUGGCUGUGUGUGUGUGUGUGUGCGCGGGCGGGCCGGGGAGGGGAGGAGAGGGGAGGGUUUUGGGAGAAUGUAUGUAUGUGUGUGCGUUCUGUGAGGGCGAAUUUGUAGGGCUUGUGUGUGUGUGUGUGUUCUGCUGGCCUCUUCAGUCGCUCUCCCCCAGUUUUAAAAUGCCUGUGUUACUAACACUUCACUUAGAUCUCCUUUUCACUGCAAAUCAGAUACAAAAUCAUGUACUUUAUUAAUCUCAGUUGCUUUUCUCUCAUGUACCGUAUGUUUUUUUUUGGCUUGUAUUGUAUAUUCUUCUUUUUCCUUUUUUUUUGAAGAUAAAAACUGCAACAUUGCUUUUGUUACGGGCGCUGUGCUGCGAGAUGUGUAGAGUGAUGCUGGGGGGAUUGUUGUUGGUCUUUUUUUCCCCCUCUUUCUCAUGCCAGAGUGUUUGGUCUGGCUGCAUUGGGGUUCACCCUCUGUAGCCGAUGCAGCGUACAGGAAACGCGCAGAGAACUGCCGUGAGCUCUCUUCCCACCCCACCCCACUCCCCUUUCUCUGGUCUCUCGUUCCCCCUCACAGACACACACAUAUAUAUUCUCUCUCUCUCUCUCUCUCUCUCUCUCUCUCUCUCUCUCUCUCUCUCUCUCUCUCUCUCUCUCUCUCUCUCUCUCUCAUACACUUUUUCUUACACACAUUCUCUCUCUCUCUAGGCCACUCUCUCGGACACACAAACUCUCUCUCCCAUACAUACACACACACACGCCCUUCAUCAGAGCUCAUGGAGGAGUGCUCUCCACCUGCACCUGCCCACUCCCUCUGCUUACCACCCAAUGGGAAGGGGGCGUCGGGUCUCCCGAUCGCUGAUUGGACAGUGUCAUGCGGUGUCGAAUCCCCCAUGUUUGUCUAUUAUUACUGCAUACGCAUAGCCAUCUGUUCGGUUGUAUAUGAAUUUAUUUUUAAGAAAAUAUUUGGGGGGGGGGGGGGGGGGCAGGGUAAAGGGGGCGGGGGGCUUUUUCCAUUUCUAUUGUGUAUACAUUGUAUUUUUAAUGUCACAAAGUCACCUGUAUGUGAAGCGAAGCAACAAAAAUCUGUACUGGAGCAGUUUAUUCAACAAUUACAUUUUGGCAGCUGUUGAUAACGACCGCCCUCCCCCUC